GAAAAAUUCCUGUUGAUAAUUGCUGAUAAACUAAAAGUUCCUUGAAAAUAUUGCUGAAUAAAGGGAUAAUGUCCUGAAGCUAUGCAGAAACAAAAAUAUAUUCAUGUUUUAGGCUUUGAAUAUGAAAAAUAAGGAAAAAACACAAAAAAUAUCAUACAUUUUUGAAUUUUAAAAUAAUAAAUCUGGGGAUUUUGUCAGACUGAUGAGUUGUAAAAGCAGAAAUAUCAGAAUUAGAAGUAUCUGCUCAAAGCUUAAUUACGCUGCAAUCAUCAUUUUCUAUUAUCCUAAUGCGCAAUUUCUCCUCAGAUUUUUCCCAUUUAAGACAUUGUGGUUUCAUUUAAUUAGAAAUUUUAAAAUAAGUCAUAUAAAAUAAAAUAAAAAGAGAAAAUCAGAAUAUGAAUCCGUUUUUUAUGCGCCUUGGAGUCAGGCUGGAAAAUGUUUUCUUUGAUCCUAAUGCGUUUUUACGCAUUUUUUGCCAGAGUUUCCUCAUUUAAAAUAUUGUGGUUUCAUUUAAUUAGAAAAAAGAACAUGAUUGAGAAUUCUAAAAUUAAAUAUAUUAAUCAAAAUGUCCGAUUUGACAAAAUCCGGAUGAAAAAAGAAGAACAAGAAUUAUUUUUUGUGCGCGCCCUGGAGUCAGGCUGCAGGUACGUGACCAUCACCGCGUCCGUUCGCCGUCAAAAGUUGUAAAUAGGAUGAUGUCGUAACAUUUGAUGCAAUGCUGCAAUCAAACAUUGGAGCGCUCCCGUUUGCGUCUCACACACAUCUCCGCCUCCUUGCAUCACAGCUCGCUCUUACCAUCACACAUCCACGCAAUCGCUGACUCCCGAGAAUAAGCUGACUUGUUGGAAAUACUUGAGGAUCUCUCAUCUUCCUGAAAACGCGCUGCCUGUGGCUUCGCAGGGGCUGGAUUAGUGGGUUUUUACCGGCUUGUUUGAUUAAAGGUUGUGUUGUGACAGGACCCCCCCCAGCAAGGGCAGACGCUGCCAUGCCCUUUGGUUGUCUGACACUCGGAGAGAAGAAGGAUUACAACAGUCCGUCGGAAGUCACCGACAAGUAUGACCUCGGACAGAUUGUUAAAACAGAGGAGUUUUGUGAGAUUUUCCGAGCAAAGGACAGGAACACCUUGAAAAUGUACACGUGUAAAAAAUUCCACAAAAAGGAUGGACGGAAAGUGAGGAAAGCUGCCAAGAAUGAGAUAAUGAUCCUAAAGAUGGUGAAGCAUCACAACAUCCUUCAGCUGGUUGAUGCAUUUGAAACCAAGAAAGAGUACUUCAUCUUCCUGGAGCUAGCUACAGGAAGGGAGGUCUUCGACUGGAUCCUCGACCAAGGUUACUACUCAGAGAGGGACACCAGCAACGUCAUGAGGCAGGUGCUGGAGGCCGUAGCGUACCUGCACUCCCUGAAGAUCGUCCACAGAAACCUAAAGCUGGAGAACCUGGUUUAUUUUAAUCGGUUGAAGCACUCCAAAAUUGUUAUCAGUGACUUCCAGCUUGCAAAGCUUGAAAAUGGACUAAUUAAGGAUCCAUGUGGGACUCCAGAGUAUCUCGCUCCUGAGGUGGUUGGACGACAGAGAUAUGGGAGACCUGUGGACUGCUGGGCCAUAGGCGUCAUCAUGUAUAUACUUUUGUCUGGGAAUCCUCCGUUCUACGAUGACUCUGAGGAAGAGGACUCCGACAAUCGAGACAAGAACCUUUUCUUAAAGAUUUUGUCAGGAGACUAUGAAUUUGAUUCCCCGUACUGGGACGAUAUUUCCGAUUCCGCCAAAACCCUUGUGGCAUCUUUGAUGGAAGUGGACCAAGAUCAGCGGCUGACUGCACAGGAGGCUAUAGCCCACGAGUGGAUUUCUGGGAAUGCUGCUUCAGACAAAAACAUCAAAGAUGGCGUCUGUGCACAGAUCGAGAAGAACUUCGCUAAAGCUAAGUGGAAGAAAGCGGUAAGAGUCACCACCCUGAUGAAAAGGCUCAGAGGACCUGACCAGGGUGACUCCGGGGCAGCCGGUGCUGCCGGAGGCGCCACAGUCGACGCCGGCGCCCCCGGCGGUGCUCCAGCUCCUCCCGCAGGAAUGAGCGACGGUGCGGCCGCUUGCAUCAAAGCGGCUCUGAAGGCAAAGACUCCUGACCCGCAGCCUGCCGCCGCCGCCGCGCCGGCCCAACCGGACGAGCAGACGCGGUGCAACGGAGACGCUCCUCAAAUGUUGCCACAAAGAAAAGAGGACUAGGAUCCGAUCGAGAGCGUAACCGAGGCCUCUGCCAACCAAUAAGCACAUUUUCAGCCCACAAUUAUAUCACGAAUACACUUCA